AUGCCAGCCUUCAGACUUGUCAAGCUGCUUACAGCGGCAACGGCCAUCACCCUGCUGUCAACACCCUUAUUCGCGACAGCCACCACCUUUGGUCCUAUAAUCUCACCCAAGAACCCCUUUGUUGGCCAAAAUGGACUCGCAACGAUGCAUGGCGAUCCAGCCUCGUCCGACACCACCCCUUUUGCCGGCCCAGGAAACGCCACCAUCAAUUCUAACAGACUAGCACUGCAGUCCGCCUGUCCCACCCUGCUGGGCACAUCCGACGGUUAUAUCUUUGGCCUGUGCACGACUAUCUUUGGUCGAACUCCGACCGUCCAUCUCUUCGACUCUCAGGAAGUCAACUCGCUCGCAGAGCUCGCGAUUGCCAAGGGAAACAUCCUCGGGGGUGUGUAUGCCUAUAUCGACAAUCAGGACAAGCUCGUCCUAACCAACGGUGACAACCAACUGCUUCGCAUCGGCAAGUCGUCCACCAACGGCAAGUGGGCACUCGCCAUCGCGGAUUCUAUCCCGUUGACCCCGAUCCCUGCCAGCGAUUCCGUAGUUGGACUCGCCCCAGAUUGGCAAGGAUACGUCUGGUUUGCGACUGCGAAUGGUUUGGCAGGGUAUGCCGACCCCGUCACCAAGAAUGUCGUCACUCUCCCGCUUAAUGCAACUGGUGGGAGCGCUGAAGAGGUGGCCAACAGCAUCUCGACCAGCCCAGCAGGAACUUCGAUUGCGACGACGUUCGCGACCUAUCUUCUCGCCCGCAACGAUGCAUCGAACGGGAUCAAAGUCUUGUGGCGCCAAGCAUAUGACCGCGGCCCAGCCCGCAAGCCUGGCCAGUUGAGCUGGGGUACAGGAUCCACGCCAACAUUCUUUGGUCCCCAGUCCGGAUACGAGUAUACUACGAUUGUGGACAAUGCUUCACCACUGGUCAACUUGCUUGUUUACCGCACCCAGGAUGGAAGUCAGGUCUGCAAGGUCUCCCUCUUCGAUUCCAACAACUCCGGAUCCGAGAACUCGCCCAUUGGAUCCGGUCGCUCCAUAUUUGUCGCCAGCACAUAUGGCUACCCGUACCCAGCCCUCCCUGACGGUGCCCCAGCCAGCCAACCUAGCUCUGCUAACUUUGUUGGAGGCAUUGAGCGUGUGGAUGUCCUCGAGGACGAUUCGCAAGGCUGUGUCGUGAAGUGGGUCAACAACAAGAUCCGCUCCUCAGCUGUUCCCAAGCUGUCGCUCGCUGACAAGAAGCUCUACACCUUUGUGCGCCAUACCCCUCUUUUCCCGGACUCAACAAGCACAGGCAUCUUGGACAACUAUUACUACACAACCAUCGAUUCUGAGACGGGCAUCAUUGAUUCAAAGCAGUACGUCGGCGCCGGGUUUAUUUUCGACACACUACAGAUGGCUGGACUCACCACCGUUCAGGGGACCCUUCUUCAAGGAACUAUCACCGGUGUUGUUCGCGUGCGCAAGGCGUAA